AUGUACCUUCUAAGGAGCAACUGUCAUCCAGCAACUGCCUCUCCUCCCAACUGCUGAUCUUACACUGCGUCAUGAGCUGUCCAGCAGAACCAUAACUCCAGAAUGUAUACAAUGAGUUCCUAUGGAGUAAAACCUCAGCACCCACAAUAUUUCAUGUCAGUUGGUGGGAAGGAGCAGAUGCUGGGAUAGCACAGGCCAUCUUCAGACUGGACAAGGAAGAAGACACGUCAGUGCCCCAAACCAGCAAAAUGGAGUGCAAAAUGAGCUCGAUGGCCUGCUGUAUUUUUCUUAAAUUGAGACUGGAGGGAAAACUGUGCGAUGUUGUGAUCAAAGUCAACGGACAUGAGUUCAAGGCUCAUAAGAACAUCUUGUGCGGCUGUAGUCCUUAUUUUAGAGCUUUGUUUUCCAGUAGUUGGAGCAACUCAGAGAAGAAACUAUAUAACAUCCCUGGCAUCUCCCCGGAUAUAAUGAGUCUGAUCGUAGAGUAUGUGUACACCCGGUCUGUGACCAUCACCACCAACAACGUGGAGGAACUCCUCAUUGCAGCUGACCAGCUAAACAUCAUGGGCAUUGUACAAGCUUGCUCCGAGUUCAUGAUAGGCCAACUGUUUUUGGAAAAUUGCAUUGGCAUCUGUAAGUUCACAGAACAUUAUUAUUGCCCGGACCUCCAACAGAAAGCCUACCUGUACAUCCUGCACAACUUUGAGGAUAUAGUGAAGACCUCACACGAGUUCCUGGAGCUGUCAGCGAUGGAGCUUAGAGAUUUCAUAUCGAGAGAUGAGCUGAACAUUAAGCAGGAGGACGUUCUAUUUGAGGCCAUCAUUAAGUGGAUUGAUUAUGAUCCAACAGCACGGAAGCAGUAUAUGUCCACUCUUCUCUCUGAGGUUCGUUUGGCCUUAAUGAAUCCAGAUUACUUCAUGAACAGCGUCAAAACCCACGACUAUGUAAAAAAUAGCGAAGAAUGCAAGACAAUUAUAAUUAAAGCUCUCACAGAUAUGUAUGACCUUAACAUGCAUGGCGUCGCCAACUCUGACUGUACAAAACCGCUGACUAGGCCACGCCUCCCUUAUGCCAUCUUAUUGGCUAUUGGAGGCUGGAGUUCUGGUUUUCCCACAAAUGCCAUUGAGUCUUAUGACGCCCGUGCCGACAGAUGGUUUUAUGUUACAUGUGCUGCGGAGACCCCCAGGGCCUAUCAUGGAACGGCCUACUUGAAAGGCUAUGUGUACAUCAUUGGAGGAUUUAACAGCAUGGACUUCUUUAACAGUGUGAAGCGCUUCGAUCCGUUCAAGAAAACAUGGCAGGAAGUGGCCUUGAUGCACUCUAAGCGAUGUUACGUCAGUGUCACCGUCCUUGAUAACCACAUCUACGCUAUGGGUGGCUAUAAUGGCUGUGUUCGACUAAAUACUGCUGAGCGUUAUGAACCGGAGUCGAACCAGUGGACUAUGAUUGUCCCUAUGCAUGAGCAGAGGAGUGAUGCCAGUGCCACCACGCUCGAUGGAAAGGUCUAUAUUUGUGGUGGAUUUAAUGGAAUUGAAUGUUUGUCCACUGCUGAGGUCUACAGUCCUGAGAUUGGGCAAUGGAACAUUAUCAUCCCAAUGAGAAGUCCGCGCAGUGGCCUUGGAGCUAUUGCCUACAGAGACCAAGUGUAUGUGGUCGGUGGUUUUGAUGGAGUUAAUCGUCUACAUAGUGUUGAGGCUUACAGUCCCACAAGUAACACCUGGCACAUAGUACCCUCUAUGUUCCAUCCACGGAGCAACUUUGGCAUUGAGGUAGUGGACGAUCGUCUUUUUGUGGUAGGGGGCUUCAAUGAUUUCACUACCUCCUAUGUUGAGUGUUAUGAUGAGAAGUCAGGUGAGUGGUACGAUGUCCAAGACAUGAAUUUCUACCGCAGUGCCCUCAGCUGCUGUGUGGUGCCGGGUCUUACAAAUGUUCGGGGGUAUACUGUCCGCUAAAAAGAAUAUGUCAGAGAUGAAGUUUAACAUCGCUUUUGAAAAUACAAUAUUUAAAAAGUCAUCAAACCAACUAAUAAUAAAACUGUACAAUCACAAA